ACCUAGCAUUUCACAGACUCUAUACAAACCAACAAUGGCUACUUCAUUUCAAAUCACCUUAUUUUCCCUACUCUUCAUUUUUACCAUCUCUCAAGCUCAGCCAUCUUUCCGACCAUCGGCUCUAGUGGUUCCGGUGAAGAAAGAUGCCUCGACGCUCCAAUACGUGACCACGAUUAACCAAAGAACUCCUCUAGUGUCCGAAAAUCUUGUUGUUGAUCUUGGAGGCCGGUUCUUGUGGGUUGAUUGUGAUCAAAAUUAUGUCUCAUCCACGUACCGUCCUGUUCGAUGUCGAACUUCUCAAUGCUCCCUGUCGGGGUCCAUUGCAUGCGGAGAUUGCUUUAAUGGACCCCGACCAGGGUGCAAUAAUAAUACUUGCGGGGUUUUUCCUGAAAACCCCGUGAUUAAUACUGCUACUGGCGGUGAGGUUGCCGAAGAUGUUGUGUCGGUGGAGUCUACUGACGGGUCGAGUUCAGGUCAGGUUGUUACUGUUCCACGUUUCAUUUUUUCGUGUGCACCAACUUCUUUGCUUCAAAACUUGGCUAGUGGUGUAGUAGGCAUGGCCGGAUUGGGAAGGACUAGAAUUGCACUUCCUUCGCAAUUUGCUUCGGCUUUUAGCUUCAAGAGGAAAUUUGCGAUGUGUCUAUCAGGAUCCACCUCUUCGAACGGUGUCAUAAUCUUCGGAAAUGAUCCAUACACGUUUCUCCCGAACAUCAUUGUCUCAGAUAAAACACUCACCUACACACCCUUGUUAACAAAUCCAGUGAGCACAUCCGCGACUUCUACACAAGGCGAGCCUUCGGUUGAGUACUUCAUCGGAGUAAAAUCUAUUAAAAUCAACUCUAAAAUCGUUGCGUUAAACACAUCACUACUCUCCAUAAGUAGUGCAGGACUCGGUGGAACAAAAAUUAGCACAAUCAAUCCAUACACAGUCCUGGAAACCUCGAUCUACAAGGCGGUGACAGAGGCUUUCAUCAAAGAAUCCGCAGCCAGGAACAUAACACGAGUUGCAUCAGUUGCACCAUUCGGGGCCUGUUUUAGCACAGAUAACAUCUUGAGUACGCGAUUAGGGCCAUCAGUACCCAGCAUUGAUCUGGUUUUACAGAGCGAAAGCGUGGUCUGGACAAUAACAGGGUCGAAUUCAAUGGUUUACAUUAAUGACAAUGUGCUGUGUCUUGGAUUUGUUGACGGAGGGUCGAACUCGAGAACCUCGAUUGUGAUCGGAGGGCAUCAGCUGGAGGAUAAUUUGGUGCAAUUCGAUCUGGCAACUUCGAGAGUGGGAUUCAGUGGGACUCUGUUGGGGAGCCGGACUACGUGUGCGAACUUUAAUUUUACCUCAUGAACAUAUUUUACGGCUCAGCUUGCUGUGUUAUUUAGUCUGUGAUGUUGCAGUUUAUGACAUUCCAGAUAUGUAUUCGAGAAUAAAUUCGGGAUUUCUGUUAUUUAUCAUAUCUUCUACUUAAUAAAACGAUUGUUUGUAUAA